AUGCCAAGUAGCGAAGACUCUGGGACGUCGCAUGUGAAUGUCUGGACGCUUGAAGAGUUUCGUGACUUAGUAAUUGCAUGGGAAAUGGUUAUAUCUCGUCAACGUGAUAGUCAAGUCGAAACAUUACAUGAUGCAGUCUAUAAAAACUUUGUAGCACUUCGUGGGGGUUCAACACGUCGUAACAAAGCGGCACUUACGAGUAAACGUAGUGCAUUAAAAUUCUCGUACAUUUUUGUGCGUGAUUUUAAUGCCGUACAGAAAUUAAAACACAAAAACGUCUUUUUUGAGCUCUCCGAGCAUGAACGAUCGGAAGUGAUGACUCAGUGGAAGAAAAUCAAUUCCAGUGUGAUUGAGAUUACACCCAUGAUGUUUCAAGCACUGGAACGUAUUGUCACGAAGAAAAAUAGUGAAAACAAACCACAUUUAUCGCUUCAAUUAGGAAGAAAGAAGGAACAACAGGAGGAAAUGAAAGAUACACACAAGAUGGAAACAAGACCAACAAGGGCUUCUUCAGGUUUUUCUCCUUCAUAUUCGAUCUCCAGUCAUUCACCUGGUGCUAAAAUAAGCACAGAUGAUAAAAAGAAAACACGGGAAGUGAGAAUGGCUCGGAAUAAUAAGACCAACAACUCAUGGUCAUUGGAUGAAAUGAUGCAGUUAAUUCAAGCUUGGGGUAUAGCUGUCCAAUUAGUCUGUCAAAGUCCAACGGGAAAACCCAUGUCCAUUGUUCAUGAAAUGUAUCGACAAUUUGAAAACUUACAGGGGGGUAAGAUUAGUCGCAAUUUGUCAGGUUUAGCUACGCGGCGUCGAGUGCUGAAGCAGUCGUACUCAAGGAUCUCAGCCUUUGAUAAGAUUCAGGAUAUGAAUGGAGAUCCCAAGUUUGUAGAGCUACCCGCAACGACUAGACAAAGCUUGAUAAGGUCCUGGAAGAACGCAAAUCUGUUAGAUCUAUCAGCAGAGAUCUACUCGGAAUUGCACAACGUGAUCCCGUUAGAUGCCCAAGCUGUUGCACUUGAAGAUGUGCGUCGAGCGAAAACGAGUAGCACAUCGAACUCAGAGAGCGGGCAUGCUGAACGGAGACUAGGAAAACCAGGAAGACCACCGAAAACGCAGAAAUCCUUGAAGUUGGUACUCGCCAGCCACGACAAAGAAACUGGUGGCAUUUUUCCCUUGCAGCCACAUAGUGUUGCCGAUGGUAGCGAAGAAGAGAAAGCAGUUGUACCGAGGAUAGGUGCUUCAAACUGCACGGAGAUUGACAGCGAGGAGAAGAUUGACGAUUCUAUUGCUGAAAAUAUUCUUCUAACACAGCAAAACCACUCACGUGUUCGAACUAACGACAUGCCCGCCAGACAAAUACCAAAUUUUUCCGGCGGCAAUAUUAGCGCUAUGCUAGCUGCUAAGCCAGGUACUGGAAUGUAUCGUACUAUUAAGACUACUGAUAGUAUUGGUAAGACUGCACAGUCAACGCCAGUGUCUUUUUUGCAAAAACAACACGCGCAGAGUCGGUUCUCGGCUGCGCAGGUUUGCGUAGACGCAGAUAAAUAUGCCGCUGUUGCUGAUGUAAAUUGUCAUACCGAGAGGGUAGGACAUCUUGUGCUUCACCGAGAUCGCAAGCCAAUAUUAGUAUUUGAUGAUCGGAAGCGUUUUAUGAAGACAGCCGCCGCAAAUUCUUCAGGACCAUCUUGCGCAACUACAGAUAAAGCUGCUGAUAGUGAACAUCUUGUGAUUGGAAGAACAGGAGCUUAUGCGUUGAAUGAAGAACAUGAAACUAUGGCUCCAAAACUCAUAACAAAAUCAAAUCAAGACACCACGGAUACAUCUGUCAUGUCAGAAAUCGAUCAUCUUCAAAACAGCAACUCUAUUGCUGACGCAACGGCGACUAGUAAGUCAACAGAUACGGCACGAUUCGCGAAGAAGAAGCGCAAAAUUAAUGUGGACGGACCAAAUGGACAUUUGUGGGAAAACAAGGAGCUCCAGAUACUUAUUAACGCGUGGGAAAAAGCAGCGAUACUAGUGUGUAGUAGCGAUCCUUCCAAUCGGCUGUCCCUCAACAGAGAGAUGUAUCGCGAGUUUGUUGAAAUGCAAGGUGGAUCGUCGGCGCGAAAUAGUACCGCUCUUGCCGCGCGUCGGAGCUCACUAAAGUUUUCAUAUGCUCACAUCCAAUCAUUUAAUGAGUCACAGAAGGCUAAAGGGGAGCCUUCUUACCACGAAAUCCCGCAAGAUACACGAAUGACUUUACUGCGGUCCUGGAAAAACCGCAACUCGGUGGACCUUACGAAGGAAAUGUAUGAUGGGUUGGGACGUAUUCUUGCUCUGGAUGAAAAGCUUUCAAUAGUUCGAAGUCUCCGCCCACCUCCAGCAUCCAAAGUUAAGAAAAAAGUUAAGCGCUCCAAGGAAAGCAAUGACUUUGUGUUAGGAUCCGAAGUAAACCAGGUUCCAAAAGCGGCAAGAUGGACCACUGAAGAGUCAGCAGACUUGAUUAAGGCGUGCGCAGAUGUGAUGAACGUUCCAAGCGACAAAGAGCAGUCAGCUAUAGAGCGCGAAGAAUUGAUAUACGAUGCUUUUGUGACUCGCCGACAUAAAGCAGGGAAUACUGACACGCCUAUUUGGCGAGAUCUAAGGUCGAUGGCGCAACAGUGGCGACAUAUUCUUGCAUCGUACUCGUAUAUUAAGGAAUGCAACGACAAUCGCUCCGAGGGUGAGAGUUUGUCCUGGUUUGAUAUGUCAGCCGUGCAAAAGCGAGCAUACCAGCAAUGUACGAACGUUCCGGUAAAAUUCGUGGAUCUGGAUGCCGAGAUGUUUGCAUUAGUUACUGAGACUUCAUUUAUGGAGGUGGUCGAUCCGCCUCUGUCGUCACCGGAUAUCAAAGAAGUUCCAGAUAUCAAAGAAGUUCCUAAUAUUACAGGAAUUGUUGAUAUCCAAGUUGCUGAUAUCAAAGCAGCUGCUGAUGGCAUUUCGCUGCGCCCUCGGUCAACGCGAAAGAGGACAGAAGCGUUUUGGUCAUCAGAUUCCGAAUCGUCGGUGUCUUCGAUGCCGAAGCGUAGUGCGAAACGUGCCAGCAAAAAUGACUCAAUAGUACCUGCGGCGAAGAAAGGAAACAAUUGGCCUGUUGAAGAAAUAUGGAAUCUGAUUCAAGCGUGGAAAGAAGCAUCAAGAUUGACGAAAAGUAGUAAACUGUCGUUUGCGCUGAAUGAGACGUUUGCACUCUUCACGAAGCUAGAGGGUGCCUUCAGUCGGAACCGAACCCUUAACAGCGUACGAAACAAAAUGAUCGCGUUGAAGUCUUCAUUUACGUGUAUCUCGAACUAUAUCGCAGAGCAAGGCGACAGCUCGGCAUGGUUCGACAUGCCUCCGGCGCAGAGGUUGCUUAAAAUUCGCGGUUGGAACAACAAAACGAUUGUGAAUCUUACUAAAGACAUGUUUAAUUCGUUGGAGCAGAUUCUAUUGAGGAAGAAAGUAGCGACGCAAGAAAAAGUUGGUAAACGCAAAUUCGGCAGACUCCCUCAAAUUUCGCCUGUUCAGUUUGAUAGGAAAAACACGAAGGAACAAGAUAGUAAAGGUCACAGUGGGCAGAAGCUCGAAAAGAGCGUAGCUGCAAACUGGAGCAAAGAAGAGCUGCUUAUGCUAGGCAAAGCCUGCGGUGAAUUACUGGAGGGGCGACGAACUCGGCGGUAUCUAUUUGAGGAGGAAAAGGACCAUUUUUUUCGUCGUUAUGAAGAAUUAGGUGGAACCAAUUCAGUGUCUGCGGCAGUGGGGCUUGCCAGAUUCGUGUUAGACUCGUACGAGUUCAUCUACUUCUACAACCAGAAAGCCGCUGAAACCAAUUGCCUUUCCUGGUUCGAGCUCACUGCGGCAGACCGAGAGCCUAUCGUAUCGAGAAUAGGUAAGGCAUACCGGAGUUUCAACGGUUUGAGUAUUGUUGACGAAGACAUAUUUGACUUGAUUGAUGGAAUCGAUGCUGAGCUGCGCGCAAAGCUGUGCGAGACAAAGAAAAAAACAUAUAAGCCCCCCAAAUGA